AUGACAUCCAGUAAGGCGACAGUUCCUGGCGUCACCGAACUCAAGGAGAGCGACUCGUCACUCACUGAGUCUCGGCUUCUCCAGCAGCACCAGGAGUCUGGCGAACUGCCUAUCAAUAUCGACAAGAACGGUGAUCUUGUUGUCGUUGUGGGCUCCGAAAAGAUCAAUGCUGCCUUCAAGGUCUGCUCGCGGGCUCUUUGCCGCGCCUCUUCCGUGUUUAGGGGCAUGCUGAUGGGCAACUUUCGUGAGGCGGCACGCCAGCACCAAGAUGACUGGGCAGUAGAGCUGCCCGAGGAAGACCCAGCCAGCUUCGGGCUCCUGAUGAUGAUCGUCCAUGGCAGAUAUGAUGCUGUGCCCGAUACGCUGCGGCUUCAGGACCUCUAUAAGAUUACCAUCCUAACCGACAAAUACGACAUGACUAGUUCCCUUCGCCCUUGGGCCCGAAAAUGGUGCGACACUGUUCGAGGCUCCGAGGAUGAAAGACUGAUAUGGGUCGGCUGGGAAUUGGGAGACGAAGCCAUGUUUUCAAAGGCAGCCAAAUGGCUGUAUCAAAGUUGGUCUAUGGGUGAUGACGGAAAUAUGCGAGUCGAAGAUAGACCCUUACACGCCAAGACGUAUCUCGAAGCAAUAGGUAUCCUAGCUGUUGGCGCUUCACGAGAGACUACUGGACAGGCAACAAGUAACAUGCCGCGCAAGCUCCCGAAAUUAUACUUGCGAGGAUGCUUUACUUGGAUCCUUGGUGCGCGGCCUGUCGGAGAGUUGCGUCUAUCCGUUGCCACUGGAUCCACAGGCGUGCGCACACAACCUCAAGAUGAUAACGAAGAAGCUCUCCGCCGUGGAAGUUACGACUGA